AUGUCUGCGCCCGAUAAAUCAGAACCUGGCCCACAACAGACGAGGCUUUACACGCCCCAGUGGGUGUCCCUCGUGGCCGGAGGAAUUGCCGGUGGAGUGGAAGCGGCCAUAACGUAUCCAUUUGAGUAUUCAAAAACACGUGUUCAACUGUCGAAUGACGGUCCUAUUCGGACAUCAAAUCCACUCCGUCUCAUCGUACAAGUUGCGAGACAGGAAGGUGUCGGUGCUCUGUACACAGGAUGCUCAACUCUUGUCAUCGGAACAACAGCAAAGGCCGCGGUCCGGUUCGUAUCCUACGAUACAAUCCGCAACUCUCUUGCAGAUGAUCGUGGCGUUCUCUCGGCUGGCCGGGGGAUGCUCGCUGGAAUGACCGCUGGCGCUGUAGAGAGUGUACUAGCAGUAACACCGACGGAGAGGAUCAAGACGGCAUUAAUCGACGAUGCAAAAGGCGCUCGGCAAUUCAAGUCGAGCAUACAGGCAAUACAAGUGCUGGUAAAAAGGCAUGGUAUCACCGAGCUUUAUCGCGGUCUCGUGUCGACGAUGAUGAAGCAAUCGGCCACUUCUGCAGUUCGUAUGGGAACGUAUAACGUGCUCAAAGAAGCCACGAAGGCUAAGGGCAUCAAGCCAAAUGUGUUCACAACGUUCGGCAUCGGUGCCUUGGCAGGAAUAGUUACUGUGUACGCUACACAACCAUUUGAUACCAUCAAGACACGUGCACAGGGUGUCGAAGGAGCUGGCAUUGUUGAAGCCUCCCGGAGCGUGAUUCGGGACUAUGGGCUUCGGGGAUUUUGGAAGGGUAGUUCCAUGCGAUUGGGCCGGCUACUUCUGAGUGGUGGCAUCGUAUUUUCUGUUUAUGAGGAAGUGGCCGCUAUUCUGUCUUCGGGAACGCAUCGAUAG